UUGACAUGUCAGUGUCAGCUGAUUGCGGUCGUAAAGCCUCUCGACUAAGCUAAGGUUGCUGUUCGCGUUAGCCUAGCUCGGUGUUUGUUUUUGUUCACGUUACCGCACAGGCAGCAGCUUUUAAUCGAGCCCCAAAGUGGUUGUUUUUUAAAGAAAAAUCUCCAAAACAAAUUCCCGUAUCACCUCGACGUAUUUGUGAAAUAUCGUGCCGUAAUUCGGUCGCUCGUCGUACGGUGUGGGUUGCCGUGAGUGAGGCAGCAGUUGCUGUUGGCAGGGGAGGGAAGGGAGUGUGAAGUUACUGUGUUCCGUGUCUCUGCAUUGCAGCCCGGUCAGUGCUGCUGCUGCUGCUGCUGCUGAUGGAAUUCAAACACACAACAAUGGCGACUCCCAGUUCCAACAACUCGACGACACCGAGCGGUCACAACGGCAACACGGGCGCCGGAUCUGCAGCAUCCCACUACCAGCACCAGCAGUCCCAGUCCCAGCACAUCACCACGAUGAGCGGCAUGCAGGAGUCCAACACCUGCUGGAGAUGUCAGAGCGAAACAGGGUUUCAGAUAAACCUGUCUGGAGCUCCCCCAAGUAAACGCAAAGCCCUGAAGUUGAACUUCGCCAACCCUCCAAUCAAACCCACGACUAGGUUCACACUGAACACAGCGGGACCGCCUUUCCAGAACCCACACAUAGAGAGGCUGAGAACACACAGUAUUGAGUCAUCGGGAAAGUUGAAGAUUUCCCCAGAGCAGCACUGGGACUUCACCGCAGAGGACCUCAAAGAUUUGGGCGAGAUUGGCCGCGGGGCUUACGGCUCCGUCAACAAGAUGGUGCACAAGCCGAGUAACCAAAUCAUGGCAGUCAAGAGAAUUCGGUCAACGGUCGACGAGAAGGAGCAGAAGCAGCUGCUGAUGGACUUGGACGUGGUCGUGAGAAGUAGUGAUUGUCCGUACAUCGUGCAGUUUUAUGGCGCUCUGUUCCGAGAGGGUGACUGUUGGAUUUGUAUGGAACUUAUGGCUACCUCGUUAGACAAAUUUUACAAAUUUGUAUAUUGCUCAUUAGACGACGUGAUUCCAGAAGAAAUAUUAGGAAAAAUAACAUUAGCUACUGUGAAAGCACUUAACCACUUAAAAGAAAACUUGAAAAUAAUACACAGAGACAUCAAACCGUCAAACAUCCUCCUGGACAGGAAUGGCAACAUAAAGUUGUGUGACUUUGGCAUUAGUGGUCAGCUGGUGGACUCCAUCGCCAAAACCAGAGAUGCAGGGUGCAGGCCAUACAUGGCCCCUGAGAGAAUAGACCCCAGCGCCUCCAGGCAAGGCUACGACGUCCGCUCUGACGUUUGGAGUUUGGGAAUCACACUGUAUGAGCUGGCCACAGGACGGUUUCCCUACCCAAAGUGGAACAGCGUGUUUGACCAGUUGACCCAGGUGGUGAGAGGUGACCCUCCACAGCUCAGCAACUCGGAGGAGAGACGCUUCUCCCCCAAAUUCAUCGCCUUCGUCAACGUGUGCCUUACAAAGGAUGAGUCGAAAAGGCCAAAGUACAAGGAGCUACUGAGAGACCCGUUCAUUCAGAUGUACGAGGAGCGUUCGGUCGACGUAGCCAGUUACGUCUGCAAACUCCUGGAUCAGAUGCCUGCAUCUCCCAGUUCCCCUAUGUAUAUGGACUGAAAGCAGAAAAAACACAUUCACUCAUCGCUAAAAAAAAUACACCAGUCUACAUCAAUAAAGGUAUUGGGGGUGAAAAAAGACAAAAGAAGUCCUAAUGUAAAUUUUGCUUGGUCCAUUUAUUGCAGUGUUAAGAGAAAUGUAAAGAAAAAAAACAAACGCCAUUUUCAAUAGAAGUGGUGUUAAUUUCAUGUCUAUAUAAUAUAUAAACGUUAACACACCUCUGUUUCCUGCUCACAAACACACAUUGACGCACAAAGUAUAAUAGCAGCAGAAUCAAUCAACUGUGGAUGCAUCUUGUUGAUUAGUAGUGAUUUAAAUAUGACGAGAAAAUAACCUGGAACUUGUAUUUAUAAAACCAAAAAAUCAUUUGGAAGAUUCUUCUACAUACUGGAAUCGUGCUCUCUGUGAAUCGUCUCCGCCUCGUCUGUGUGCGUGAAUGAAAGCAUCGUGUUUUGGUAUCUUUAAUGGAACUGUGCUUCUCUGGGUUUAGAGCGGUUUAAAGUGUCAUGUCAGAGCCUGCAGUCCAGUUAGGGCUCACCGUGCAGUGGACUGUACUGUCUGCUGAUGUAUGAAUAAAAAAGAAAA